AUGAAGACCAAGAUCCUUCUUUUCCUUGAGUUAUUAUAUUUUAUAUGCUCCUCUGCUUUUCCAGUGGCUCCAGAAAAGGAAAAAGAUAUGCAAUUUGCCAAGAAAUAUCUUGAAAACUUCUAUGAUUUUAAAGAAGAGAAACACUCUCUGUUUAAAGCAAAGGACCUCAACCACAUGGCUGACAAAAUACGAGAGAUGCAGUCAUUCUUUGGGCUAGAGGUGACUGGGGAGCUGAAUCAGAAGACGCUGGACAUGAUGAAGCAGCCUAGAUGUGGAAUCCCAGACGUCCGUUCAUACAGCGCCUUCCCACGCAGCCCCACGUGGGCGAAAGAAGAUGUGACCUAUCGGAUUCUGAACUACACUCCAGACAUGCUGGAAGCUGAUGUAGACGAAGCAAUUGCAAGAGCCUUCCAGCUCUGGAGCAGCGUCACCCCUCUGAGGUUCACCAGAGUCUAUGGAGGUCAAGCAGAUAUAAUGAUUUCCUUUGCAGCUGGAUUUCACGGUGACUUCUAUUCCUUUGAUGGUCCAGGAGGAACUCUGGCUCAUGCCUACGCCCCUGGCAGUGGGAUAGGAGGAGAUGCCCAUUUUGACGAAGAUGAAAACUGGACCAAAUUUACAACCUAUGGUGGAUACAACUUAUUUCUUGUUGCUGCUCAUGAGCUGGGCCAUUCACUAGGUCUCAGUCAUUCCAACGUUUUUGGUGCUUUGAUGUAUCCUGUAUAUAUGGCCACAGAUACAAGGAACUACCAACUUCAUCAGGAUGACAUUGAUGGCAUUCAAGCCCUCUAUGGACCCCCCAAGGAAUCUCCUGCACUUCCGACAGAAGCUUUUCCCCCUCAAGAGCCAACUGAAUUGGUACCUGCAGAAGCACCAACUCCAAUGUCUCCCAGGGAAGAACCAACAGAAAUGACACCCUCCAAGCCACCCCAAAGACCAGAUGACUGUGACCCUCAUCUGACUUUUGAUGCUGUCACGACUCUCCGUGGGGAAACGCUGUUCUUCAAAGAUGGCUUUGUCUGGCGCAAAAGUCCAUAUUUCUCAGAAAUUGAGCAUGACACCAUCUUCUCCUUCUGGCCAUCACUGAUAGCUGGCUUUGAUGCUGCAUAUGAGGUUGACAAGAAGGAUCGAGUGCUAUUUUUUAAAGAUGGCCAGUACUGGGCUGUCAGUGGCUACAGAAUAGAGCCAGGGUUCCCCAAACCCAUCCAGAACCUGGGCUUCCCCAGCAGCGUCAGGAAAAUCGAUGCAGCCGUUCACGACCAAAGUACCAAGAGAACCUAUUUCUUUGUUGGCAACAGGUACUGGAGUUACAAUGAAAAUAAUCAAUCAAUGGAAAGAGGCUAUCCAAGAAAAAUAGCUGCUGACUUUCAAGGGAUCGGCCAUCCAAUUGAUGCUGCCCUUCAGAAAAAUGAAUAUUUCUACUUUUUCCAUGGAUCAAACCAGUAUGAGGUUGACAUCAAGAGGAAGAAACUCAUCCGUAUAAUGAAAAGCAACAGCUGGUUUAAUUGCUAG